AUGAUUGACUCGAGCUGCCGUUUGGGGAGCCUCGUCCUGCGAGUGCCGCUGUCCAUUGCGAAGCGCCAGGAGAAGCGCGGAGGAAGCCCUCGGCGGCACGCAGUCGUGAGAAACACGGCCAAAGUGAUGAAGCGCGCUGGGAACCUGUUGAACGGAGCCUCGAAACGCCUCGGAAGCCGCCAAGUCUUCUGGUGCCCGCUUAUUGGCAAUUUCACGGCGGCUACGGAAGACGCAACAAAAGAUAGACACCCCUGCAAGAUGCAUGUGGCAAAUCAUUGGCCCAAAGUGUGUUCUUUUUGGGGACCGUCUGAAAAUAGCAGCACUACGGUUUGCCUCUGGCGGAUCCUUGUGCCCCAGCGGCCGCGAUUGUCCAUCAACACGCAGCAAACGCGGAUACUUGGGAAAAGUGCUAGUUUACGACUCGAGACUCUGAGUGCCGUGUCCCCUACCAUUCGCAACACCUUCUCGAAUGCCUACGAGCAGCCAUCUACUGCGCCCGCCCUAGAACGGCCCUCCUCGAAACCGCGGUUGUCAAUAGACAGCAACUUCUCAGAUGCGAACAGCGCCUCGACACCGAACUCAGCAUCCACACUUUCGUCCACGCUCACAUCAGCGUCCAACGACUCUGCGACCCUCUCCAUACCGUACAAGCAGCCACACAACCUAGCCUCAAUCCUCGCCAACAGCCCCGCGAGAGCGUUACUACCACGCAAGAUGACCCCCGCUCGACCCAUGUUCCCUGCUGAGAAGCGUGUGUCAUUUCGCACCCCACUGGAAGAGGAGAUCAAGACCAUCAAGUACACACUGGCACACUCCGACCUAGAAUCCUCAAGCUCCACGCUAGACACGAUUGAAUCGACUUCGACACCCGAGUCAAACCAUUCUGAUGCGUCAGCUGUGGACCACUCUCUGAGCCACAGUGCAUCUCCCAGCACCACAUUCAAGGUCACCCCUUCCCCUCCUCAACUAUUGUCCGACAAGUCUCCCUUGACCCUGCCAUCGUUGGGAACCUCCCCUCCAAGAUCUCCGCAGGCCGGAGAGAAACGAGAUUCCUCGUCCUCGGAGGACGACAGUGACUGUCCCGAAACGCCCGUCGCUGGACGGCGGAAGAGAAGAAGAGAGUGGCAGUGGACCCUUAGUCCCCUUCCAGGGUCUAGCAAGUUAGCAUUGGCAUCAGGCAACGCAGCGGUGGGCGAGGAAAGCAGUCAAUAUCUGACUUCACAAUAA